AUGUUACACCACAAGCAUCUAUAUGCUCAUGUGCAAUCGGAUGUGACUUUUGGCAUUGGGACUAUAGCCGUUUCCUUCGUCAUCUCCAUUGACAACAAUAAACUGGAUAGCCACGGCUUCAAGGAAACUCCUCGGCGAGAAGCCUUCAAACACGGUAUUACAAGUUUGCAACAUAUUUCACGGAUGAGCUUUACGGAGUACGUCACAGAAUCCGGGCUGCUUCAAAAUAUCCAGGACAAGAUUCCAAGAGCCACAGCCUCAUGGGCCAAGAUCUAG